AGAGAAUUCGCGAAAAUAAAGAAAGUGUUUUCCCCCCGCGGAGGCCGUGGACGAACAUUUUGAGGAGACGGCGUCAACAACAUUAUUGCUUGCACGCAGCAGCAGUGAGCUCAGUGCACGGAAGGCGACCGCGUCGUGGUGAAUUCAAUUUUGUGAAGCGAAAAAGACGUGAGUGCGGACAUUGUGUUUCUUUGGUCGUCGUCGUCGUCGGAUCGGAAAGAUUGUGCAAAUCGGCUGUCGAGUGGAUUUACAUACGAGAAACGGACGGACGAACGAGCCGGCUCGUUCCGACUUUGGUCGAUCCGGACGACGGACGAUUCAAUUGGGUGGCAACAUCCGCGACGCCAACAUCAUCCCUUGGGAAAGUUUUGUGAAGAUUGAAGAUCCGCCGAACAUCGGCGGAGGAAAAUCCCGUUGCCGGGGAUACGCACCUGAGUGCUGAGGUUUUUUUUGUCGUGGUGAAGCACUUUGACAGGCAGAAGUCAUUGCCGUCUGUUUGCACGAAUGCGAAUUUUCGUCAUUCGUCGCUGCUGCUAUUUACCUUUUUUUUUGUUGUGGUUCGAAAUCGCAAGCAAGCAACCCGAGAGUGAAGAAGACUGAAGAUUGUCUGUGAGUGGCUUGGGCUCCUGCUCCUUCGACCGGACGAGGCCCCCGGAUUCAUUGAAGAGAAUCGGGAAAACAGUUACGUGUGUGCAGCCAGCCUACAGCAGCUAGCUAGGCAGUGUUGCGUUCGCGAUCGCUCGGUGCGGUGAAAUUCGCAGCUAUUGGAUAUUUUAUUGAGUGUGCCGCGACGGCUCGAUCUGUUUUGAUAAGAAGCAACAACACGGCAGAGGAAGAGUGAGUGAGUGAUAAGUGCACAGGAAAACACCGCACGGACGGAAGAGACGGUGUGUGCUCUGGUGAAUAAUUAAUUGCUAGUCGGGGUCGAGCCUCGGAGGGUGCCCUCUAAUCGAUACAGCCCUAACAGCCAGCGUUGCGGUGUGUGUUUUUCCUGUAAUUCUGCUGAAGAGUUUCGUAGUCAGUGCAGUGGCCCCCUCCGGAAGGGUGUAGUGCGUGCGGCAAUUACGCGGCGAAAGGUGGAGACGGUCGGAACUGGCUGGCUGACGACGAAUGGCGUAAAAACAGAGAGAAGCAAAACAAACCAUCGACGACAUCGUUCAACAGCAGCGCGGUGGUGGUGAUGAAACCACCGGAGAACGCGGUGCUGCAACGCUAAAGAGACUAUGUGCAAAUACGGAGAACGAAAUUGAGGACACUGACUGACGGACUGGCGACAACACCAGCUCAGCCCCAGCAGUGACAGUAUGAAUCGAAUGUCUAUCGAAAUGCAUUGGUGAAUUUAUAGAACUGUGUGAAAAUUGGACUUCGUCAGCGGAAUUAAAAUAGUGUUAACAACAACAACAACGGUAACAAAACGACAACAAGUGCAGGCUAUUAUGGAAGUAAUUAAGGACUGAUGGGGCCACCCGGUGUGCCUUCUCAAAUGCUACAGUAGAUCUGAUGAAACCUGCUAGAAGCAACACGACGCCGCUGCUCACACCUGCCGUCGUCUUCGUCGUUUCACUAUCAACCCCAACAUCAAUGUGGUGAAGAGUGUGUGUGCUGUGCGCAGUAAGAAUGCGAAAAAAAGACUGAUUCAUCCAUAUACCUAGUAUACCCUUAGUACCGAAGAGUGCAUUAUUAUUAUUACCUACCUAUCAUUACGACCUCAGUUGUUUGUGGUUUUGUUAUCAUACCCUCUCGCACAUAAGCACACACCUCACGCUCUCCGUUUAUUACCUUACUUCGAUGAUCUCAGAGACUGUAUUCAGUGCUCACGCGUGAAUUAUUAUUUCGAGUGAAUUUACAUCUUUUUUGUUUUGAAAUCUCACAACGGUGUGUCGGUGCAACACUUACUAGCGAAUAAAAUAGGCACCGUGAACCCAACAACAAAAUGAUCUCCGGCAAGAAGAACUACGUCGAACAGCUGCUCCACCUGGCUCUGACGCUGAGCCUGCUCCGAGUAGACCCCGAGAACUACCUGGACCUGCAAUGGGAGACGCGUCUGGCCGGCACCGGCGUCGGCGGCUGGCAGCUGGAACUGCGAGCCGCACCCCUAACCGACCAGACCUACGUCAACCGGAAAGCCCUGCCGUCGAUCAUCGAAGACCUGGCCCGGUUCGACACACAGUACAACGUCCCGACGCACUUCGACCUCCAAGCCUACCUGCUCAACAUACAGAACUCCAACUCGACGAACCAAACGUCCACGACCAGGGCUUCGUCCCCUGCUCCGGAACCGCCCAACUCUACCUCCUCCGUAACCAUUGAUCUCCCCACGUUCGAAUCGUUCGACACCGAGGACAUCUUCCUCAAUCCGGACCCCUUCGCCGACAGUUCCUCCAUCCUGGAGCAGAACAUGGCCGAUCUGGAAGACUUCGGCGAAGCCCCCAUCAACACGUACGCCCUGGACGCGAUCCCGCUGAAAAACGAACCACCACCCAUGUUUGAAGACCUGAUCCGGUUGCCGUUCGAGCCGAACUUCUUCCAGCAGCACGUUCUCGAUCAGGAACUGAACGACUGUGAAGAACUGGAAGAACCCAGCAGUUCCCACCACGAGUGCUGCCAGUCGUGCGAUGCCCGUUCGAAACAGAGUGCGGUGAAAGUGAAAGAAGAACCCCUCGGGGAAGAACAUGAUCCUAAAGUGGAAGGCGCCGAAGCUGCAACGCCGAACAACAACAACAACAACACCAACGUGGUCGUCAAACAGGAACCCAAAGAAGAGUUCUUUCAGAUCAAGAAGGAAGAACUGGAUUUGGAUGAUUCUCAGGAGCAGGAAGCGGAAGUGCCGGCUCCGGUGACCGCUGAAUUGACUCAGGAGGAGAUGGACCUGAUCGAGGUGCUCUGGAAGCAGGACGUGGACCUGGGUUUCACCCUGACGCCGCUGACGGUUUCGUCGGGCACUUCCUGCGGAGGAGGGUCCGGCACCAAAGGGGCCAACGCCGGCGCGGACAGCUCCGAUGACCUGGAGAAGCUCAAAGUACUGCUGGAAAUCAAAAACGAUGAUGAUAAGAAAAAGGAUAACAAUGAUAAACAACCGGAAGAGAAUCCCUGGGCAGGGCUGUCCUAUACAGUCGAUAUCGAAACAGGUGAAUAUGUACUCAACGCCACCGAUGGCAGUGAGGCGACACUUCCACCGCCGCUAGCUGACCUGUUCCUCGAGGAAGGACUUAACCUACCGGACCUGAUCAACGAUACCGCCAUCGAGGAAACCGAAGAACCAGCAAAAAAGAAGACCACAGCCGAACAAGACGAGGAAGAGGAGUGCGAGGUCAAACGAAUCGAGAGGGAGCUCGAAUCGUCGGCUGAUGAACUGUGCCAAGGUGCUGCCGCUGCUGUUGCUGCUAGUGUCAGUGCCACCAGUGGUUCCAGUUCUAGUGACUUGAGUGACCAAGCGACCUCCGCGACCAGUUCGACUACCGCCACCACCGAUCAGGAGAAAAAGGACGACGAUCCAGAGGCAGCUUCCGGCGCAUCGUCCGAUGAUCUAGAGGACAUUCUGUGCGACAUGAUGAUCCAAACGUCCGCAUCCCACUUUCAGCACCCGCGGCAACCGAUGCAGAACUAUGGCCAUGGGAUGCAUGGGUCCUUGCGACAGGGUGGCUACCAUCAUCACCACCACCAUCACCAUCAUCAGUCCCGCGUUCCGCUGAGCCGGGCCGUUUCGAUGGAACAGCGCUUUCAGGAUCUGGCCAAUCUGCUCAGCUUUCCGCCGGGGAUGGGCGUCGGCAUGGGGGUGGCCGAUAUGCCUCCGGCGCACCCGCACCCGCACUACCCGCCGCACUACUCGUACCAGGCUAACGGUGCCAUUCCACAGCAUGGUCAGUACCACUCGCAUGCCGUACUGCAAAACGCCUCGCUGGCGGACAUUGGGCCGACCCAACCGUACUAUGCGCCGAACCUGGGUUCGGCCGUAGCCAGCAGCAUGCACCUGACCAACUCGACGUCGGAGACGGACGCCGGGGCUACCGGGUACAAAAUGGAUCACGAGAUGAUGUAUUAUUCGAAUACAUCAUCGGAGAUGAAUCACACGGACGGAUUUCUCAACUCGAUUCUGGAUGACGACCUGCAGCUCAUGGACAUCGCCGUCAACGAGGGUAUGUACACCAUGCGCAUGCUGGACCACAAUGCCACCAGCAACAAUUCGUCCGUGCUGGGCGGCGCCAUCGGUGGAAGUGCUGCCGCCGUUGCUGCUGCGGCCGCCGCCAGUCUGAACGGUCCCGCCCAUCUCAGUGGUCUGAUGUCGAGCGCAUCGGCCGCCGCUGCCGUCUCUUCCGGUGCCAUGCAAACUUCCCUGAACGGUGGGGGAUCAACGGGAGGACACGGAACUUCCGGUGGUACCACGAGUGGCGACCGUCUGGACGCUUCCAGUGACAGUGCCGUAUCGUCGAUGGGAUCAGAACGAGUUCCAUCCCUCUCGGACGGAGAAUGGGGUGACGGUGGAAGCGAUUCCGCCCAAGAGUAUCACAACAAGUACGGAGGACCGUUCGAUUACAGCUACAGUGGAAACAAUCGGCUUGGCGAUGGAACCAGACAACCGCCCGUAGCCCAGAAGAAGCACCACAUGUUCGCAAAGAGAUACUUCCAAGAACAGAACACCACAAUUCCUUCGCUGCCGUCGGGCCCCAACCCUUCAGCGACAGGAGCGACCGUCGAUCCCCAAACCCAAUUGAACGCAAGUAUACCAAUCAAAUACGAGUUUGACUACAUGAAUCCAGCCUCGCUAAGUCACUUAGAGGGUGCCGUCGGUCCAGUAACCAAACAGGAAGAUCAAACCAGUGCCCAUAAUAAUCCACUUUCCUCGGUGGACAUGAAAUAUCCGUACUCAUUGGAUUUCUCCCGGCAGAACCCUGCCUCGGUCCCAGCCCCCCGAAGCCAUCAUCACGACGUGAUCCACCAUAACCAUACGUACACCCUGCCGCACAACAGCGGCGCCAAUCCAAAGCCCCAAACCAGAGACAAACGGAUCCGGAAGGCGGAGGAGGAGCACCUGACGCGGGACGAGAAGCGUGCUCGCGCCCUCCAGAUCCCCAUCCCGGUGCAAGACAUCAUCAAUCUGCCGAUGGACGAGUUCAACGAGCGGCUGUCCAAGUACGAUCUGAGCGAAAACCAGCUAUCGCUGAUCCGGGACAUCCGGCGGCGGGGCAAGAACAAGGUCGCCGCUCAGAACUGUCGCAAACGCAAGCUGGACCAAAUUGUGACGCUGGCCGACGAGGUCAAGGACAUGAAGCAGCGCAAGGAGCGGCUGCUGCGCGACCGCGAGAUCAUCCAAACCGAACGCAAGAGAAUACGGGACAAGUUCUCGGCGCUGUACCGGCACGUGUUUCAGAAUCUGCGUGACAGCGAGGGUAACCCGUACUCCCAGGAGCACUGGAGUCUGCAGCAAAGUGCUGACGGAACCGUCGUCCUGGUGCCCCGAAGCGUCGACCGUCAGCAGGAUCUGACCGGCAGCAGUCACCAGCAGCAGCAGCAACAACAGCAGCUCGGCAUGGCCGGAGGAAGUGGUCUGCCACAUCCACACCAUCAACAGCAGCAUCUUCUGCACCUGCAGCAGCAGCACCAGCAUUCUCAACAACAUCAGCACGGUGGCCCGAAUGGUACCAACAGUAGUGCGACCAAUGGCACCGGUGCCGGAGGAGGCAGCCAGCAUCGACCGAAAGAGUGAGACCGGCCGCACUGCCUUCACCAGCAGCAGCAGCAUCAGCAACAGCAUUUCCGGCAUUUGCACCACCGUCAUCAUCAUGUUCACCAGUGGCCACCGUUGUUUUACUAAAGCAGGACAAAAAAUGGGAAAAAAUAGGAAGACUGCGGCUGCGGAAGAAGAAGAUGAGGAAUCCAGGAAAGUAGGUAACCAGCCUGUAACGGAAGGGAUCGACCAACAAAUAGACACACGCAGAUAGAACAAACAUAUGCACAUACAUACACAUACAGAGACAGACAAACACACACACAUACACACGAAAACAGAAUGUACCUCAGGAAUUUAGAACACUUAGAACGGCCCCCAGAACUUAGGAGAGCAAUGGCUUGCUUGUAGAAUACAUUGCAUCUUUAAUGUAUGAUUACCAGCCAAUCAAUCGAUCGCUUCGGAACAACAGACAAAAUGGGACAAUUCUGACCAAAUUGUCAAAUACAAAAAUGCUUGUUCAGCUUUUGUUCAGCCCGGGUGUGCGUUGGGGUGCUUUUAUGCGUUCAACAUUCAUAUAUUUAUGGCAACCCCAGCACAGAUUCGUGUUUGAGCAACCGACAGGUGGCAAUCCGGACCGCUCAUAUUGAGCGUUCGGCGCCGUUUGAUCCGGAAUCAAGCACUUACACCCACAAAAAGACAUACACACAGAAAAUGCCCAGUUGUUCAACCGAAGCUUCCAAGUGAUUGAGACCAGCCAGCAAAAGUCCAUCCACCAGACCCCCUCGAGUUACAGUUUUUUUUUUAUAGCGAAGAGUUACAACAGCACUACCAUAGAAAAACAACAACAACAACAGUGAAAAUCAACGACAUUCCGGUUUGUUCAAAAUUCGUGUUUUGAUCAAAGUGAUUCUCUCGGUAGUUUUCGUUUUCUUUAGCGAUUUGCGAAAUUGCGCGUCUAGGAAGCCAAAAAAAAAUUGUAGCAUCUAUAAAAAGUUGUCGAUAUGGGAUUGUUGAACAUAUAUGAAAACAGAGACAAGAACAACGUGUGUAAAUUAUAGCGAUAGUAAGACGAUCUAACCGAAACUAUUGUGCAGAAUAGGAAAGGAUGAAGUGAAGAAAUACUUAUUAACAAACUACCAGCAUCUCAUUGCGAAAUGUGUGUAAGUAUAUCAGUAAUGCCACCCCUCACAAACGGAAACAGGUGCACUGUUUGUUGCUUUGGCAGCAGCCAACACAAAACGUAUACCUUUGGUUCGCUUUUGCAAUGCGGCGAAAACAGUGCUUGUGGAGUCAAGUGGGAGGAAAAUUAGGCUUUUCUAACUAUUAACGCAUACUUAUUCGAUUCGAUUCGAUGGGUGGGUGGGUAAAUACCGCAGGCUCGUAUACCGGAAACAAUGGAAAACAGGUGUCGGAUCCAGAGGGUUCCGUCCGGUGGGGUUUGCGGAGGCGUUCGGUUAUUCGGGUGGACUGCAAGGACGUGGCCGUGGAUCGGUGUCGGUCAGAUUGAUUUUCAUAAGUUUAACUCAUAACAUAACUCUAUGUUGCUCUUGGGCUAUGAAAGAUUGUUUCAAAGCUCUGUCUAGAAUCUUGCGUAAGUGUCUUUGCGCGCACGUCUACCGCCCCUCAUUUUGGCCCUUCAUAUAGUGGUGUUUUGAAUACAGCAAAGACUGACAAUGAAUUCUCAUCUUCAGCUCACAUAAAUUGUUCUGCACGACACGAGACGAAUGAUCAAUCACAUUCAAUUACUUGAUAUGUUGUAAGGACGUGGCCGGAGGUAUUAUUGAUCUUAUCAGUUCGCUAAUAGGCGUAUAAAUAGGAAACUUUAUAGUUGGAGUGUAAGUGUCUCUGUUAUUUAAUCUUUCACCCAGUUUUUGGCCCUUCAUACAGGGAUAGGGUGGGGCGGGGCAAGAUGGGUCGCGGGGCAAGAUGGGUCAGUGCCAUUUUUGGGCGCAUUACUCAUGUUUUGAUUAUGUUAAUAAUUUUGUUAGAUGACCGGCAAGAAUAUACAAAAGUUUGGAGCAUUGAUUGAAAAAUUAUUCACUCUCCUUGGAAAUAAAAAAUAAAAUGGUUUUUAGCUAUUUUUCUUAUGCGAUACAUUCCAUAUAAUCUCCAUAUAAACGGCCGCGGGGCAAGAUGGGUCACCUUCAAUUUUGAACGUAUUUUUGGAGCAUUCAAAAACUAUUUAUUUUUUAUUACAAGACUAUCUCAUAAACUACUUCUAUCAAGCGGAAUGAACGCUCAAAGUUAUAACAUAAAAUUAUGAUAAUUUUUUAGUGAAAACAUCGAUUUUCAAGUCGUCUUAGGACCACUCAAAUCGUAAAAUUUUUUAUAUUCCAAAUAAAUUUAUAAAAUAUUUACUAGUAGCUCUUGUUUACUCAGUAUGGAUAUGGAGCAUAUAUGAAUGCGGAACAAAUCUUGUAUUUUGACGUUUAUCGUUGAGAAAAUGUGAAUUACAUAAAAGGUGACCCAUCUUGCCCCGCACUUUUUUCACGGCGCAAAAUCGAUCACUUUUUAAAACUGCUUGUUAAAAUCAUAUUUUGUAUUUAAUGAACUUUUUAUCUACUUUUAGCAUAGCUAACUAGUGUAUUAAAGAGUAGCGGACGGAUACAAACCAAUACGAUUUGUAUUUACAAAGUUAUGGUGAUCCAUCCUUAGGUGACCCAUCUUGCCCCGCUCCACCCUACGUCAGUAUAAAACUGAGACAUUUUAUCUCAGUGAAGCGAUAGGAUGGUCAUGAUGAUGCUACCAUUCCUUCCUAUGACAAUACAGGUCGGACUCGAUUAUCCGGAGUCGGGUUCUGAAGCUUUGCAAGCAUAUAUCUUGAGAACGAAAUGUUACAUGAAGUUGAAAUUUUGACAUUUUGUUAAGCUGAUUGACAACCAGUGAAAAAAUCAGCUUUGUACAUCAUUCCGUUUGCCUGAUUUAUGUUUGGGAAGCUUCUGGACCUGACUCCGGAUAAUAGAGUUCUGUACUAAAAUCGGCAUUGUUUCCUUUGAUUUUCCAGUGCAAGUUGCUUGAUCAUAGUUUAAAAGAUGAUCGCUUAGACAGUGAUGCCAGAUUUAUGGAAAUUUCCUCGGCACACUGGUAUUGAAAGGCUUUCGUUCAGAAUGUCGUUUGGAUGCCAAUCUGAUGUACAUCAAAGGGUUAUCCAGAGGAUGCAGCGUUUAGUUACACUAACAGGACUCGUAAGGACGUGGCCGGUGAUAUUAUUGAUCCAGCAAGCUUAUUUGAGGACCAUAUCAUCUAUAAGACUUCCGAUCUCUUUCUCUUCCCAAACGAACAUCUACGAGUAGCCUCUGAGUAGCCCUUGUGUCACGUUGAUUGUUUUGUAGCAUUAAUUGAACAAUCAAUGCACUUUUGGCUACACUGUCGAUGUAAAUGUCAUUUACAGUGUUGCCAAAACGAUCACACUAUCAUCCAAGUACACCAAAUUGAACCAUCAUAAGGUAGCGAUGACAAAAUGUCCGCUUCGCCAAACCGAGAAUCGCCUUCCGGAAACCGCCACCGCCAGGGUACAAAGCGAAACAGGAAACCAAGAAGCAUUGAUGCAGAACAAAUUCGAAGAAAAAGAAAGAAGUUGUACGAACAGUACGAAGAAAAAAAAACCGUGUUUGUGAUGAAUAUUAUAUAUUAUACACACCCCUAACUAGAGACAUAAUAUUGCCGUUCUCUCUUUUUCUUUCCCCCGCGCGUGUAAAUAGUCAUCCACCAGAACACUAGUUGCUAAGAACCGGGAACAGAACCGGAACCGGAAAAAAAUGGAACGCGGAAAAGAUAAAAGAACACUUUUUAGUCAGAAGAAAAUUCAGAAUUAGUAGGGAAUAGGGGUACUUUAAAACAAACAAAAAACGAAUCGGUGCAAACACUGCACUAAACACACUGGUAUCGAACAGAGACAGAA